ACUGCGAGUGAGCGCCUCCCCUCCCUGUGAUUGCGAGUGAGCGCGGAGCAGCGCCUCCCCUCCCCUCCCCUCCCCGUGACUGCGAGUGAGGCUGACAGUGGAUUGAAAGAAGGACACCGUUAACAAGAGAAUAAUUAGAACAAAAAUAACACCCAUUGGUUUAAAGAAGUGAACAGACAGAACAGCCACGCGUACCACCACUUUGAACAGGCGGUGCUGGAAGCCACGGGUGGCCUGUAGCGGCAGGAGAUACUCGGGUGCACGGCACAGGGGAUACCAGAGAUCGGUUUGUUUGCUUGGAUUGCCAAGUGGAUAUGCUGCCCUGACAAUGAGUUAACUGGUGCCCUGUUGCUGUGAUACAAGGACACUGAUGGUAUGGGAAUUAUGGACCAAGCCAACGGGCAGUCGAGCGUUGUCCACUUCAGUGCUGCUGCUUCAGAGAGAAGCAGCAGCUCCGAGUCCCUGAGUGAGAAAGGGUCCUCUGAGCUGAAGAAGAGUUUCGAUGCAGUGGUGUUUGACAUCCUCAAGGUGACGCCAGAGGAAUAUGCUAGUCAGAUAACUCUGAUGGACGCUCCAGUUUUCAAAGCUAUUCAGCCUGAGGAGCUGGCAAGUUGUGGCUGGAAUAAAAAAGAAAAGUACAGUUCUGCACCUAACGCUGUCGCCUUUACAAGGAGGUUUAACCUUGUCACCUUCUGGGUGGUUCGGGAAAUUCUUCACGCACAGACACUGAAAAUAAGAGCAGAAGUGUUGAGUCAUUAUAUUAAAACAGGAAAGAAACUCUGUGAGCUCAAUAAUCUCCAUGCACUGAUGUCUGUAGUGUCUGGUUUGCAAAGCGCACCGAUCUUCAGACUAACCAAAACGUGGGCACUCUUAAGUCGGAAAGAUAAAACUACCUUUGAAAAAUUAGAAUACCUGAUGGCUAAGGAAGAUAAUUACAAACGGCUCAGAGAAUACAUCAGCACCUUGAGCAUGACUCCCUGUAUCCCUUAUUUGGGGAUGUAUCUGUCGGACCUGACCUACAUCGACUCUGCCUACCCCUCCACAGGAAGCAUCCUGGAGAACGAGCAGAGAUCGACUUUAAUGAACAACAUCCUGAGAAUCAUCUCUGACCUGCAGCGAUCCUGCGAGUAUGAUAUACCAGUAUUGCCUCAUGUUCAGAAGUACUUCAACUCUGUCCAGUACAUUGAAGAACUCCAGAAAUUUGUAGAGGAUGACAACUACAAGCUGUCCCUGAAGAUCGAGCCAGCCACAAGCACCCCUCGUUCCACAGCAUCUCGGGAGGAUUUAGGUCCCGACGCAGUAGCCUCCCCCCAGAGUGGCCGGCGGAAUGUAACGGGAGAGGGGGGUGCCUUAUCCAAAGUGCCCCCUACGCCCCCAUCGCCCCGAAACCUCAUACCCUACGGACACAGGAAGUGCCACAGCUUGGGAUACAACUUCAUUCACAAGAUGAACACAGCAGAGUUUAAGAGCGCCACCUUCCCCAACGCGGGCUCUCGACACCUGCUGGACGACAGCGUGAUGGAGAGCCACACCCCUUCACGGGGGCAGGCUGAGAGCUCCACCCUCUCCAGCGGCAUCUCGCUAGGGAGCAGUGAAGGAUCAGAGCUCAGUGAAGAGACUUCUUGGCCUGCUUUUGAGAGGCACCGCUUCUAUCACUCGCUCGGCCCUGUAACAAGGGUGGCAAGAAACCCCCACCGAGGACACCAGAAAGCCAGCAGCUCUGCAGAGUCCGAGGACCUGGCAGUGCACCUGUACCCGGGGGCCGUGACCGUGCAGGGGGUCCUGCGAAGGAAGACCCUCCUCAAAGAGGGGAAGAAGCCUACGGUCGCAUCCUGGACAAAAUACUGGGUAGCUCUGUGUGGGACUCAGCUCUUCUACUACCCUGCCAAGUCCCUGAAAGCCACGGAGAGAAAGCAUUUCAAGUCGAGCUCCAGUAAGAGCACAUCGGUGCUGGGCUGGAUGGCGAUGAUGGCAGAUGACCCUGAGCACCUGGACGUGUUCCUGCUCACAGACUCUGAGCACGGAAACUCCUACAAGUACCAGGCAGGGAACCGGAUGAAUGCCUUGCUGUGGUUUAAACACCUGAGUGCUGCUUGCCAAAGCAACAGACAGCAGGUUCCGACAAAUUUAAUGUCUUUUGAGUAACUGCUGUGAACGAAGGACCAGGUGAACUGCUGUACAGAAAAGACUGUAAGGAUAUUGGGAGAGACUGAGCCAGCAAUCACUAACAAAGUGCCACAGCAGAGCCCAGCCUCUCUGAACAAGGCAACUAAAAGCACUAACACAUGAAGGGGAGCUGAGCCCUGCAGCUUUGGAGGGGAGACACUGAAGACUAUAUCAGAACAGCCAUGGACUCUGUGCCCACUUUGCACUGAAGGUGACAUGGUGAACCACUGCCUUAAGGAAUGAGAGGGAAACAGAACAAUUAAAGAGACUUGACACCAAGUAGUGUGCAUGUCUGUUCCAGCAGUGCAGGUCACGGGUGUGUACAUUUACUACUGAAUCUGGAGGACCUUCUCUUCAGCUCCCCUCCGUUUUUAAAGACCUGGGUAUUUUGUGUUUUAACAAAGGGGGGUGUCUUGAUCAGAUUUCUUUUUUUUUUUCUUUCUAUCUCUGAUCAUUUGGUUGUAAUCCCCAUUAUGCUAUAUUCUCCUCUGUGAAUUUAGUUUCAAGCAAUAUGAAUGCUGUGUUGGAUUUCAUUUGCAUUUGUCACGACCCCAUAACAGACCUUAUUGAGCUGGUAAGCUAACAGUCGACCCACAUUCAAGUGUCUGAUGGGUUCACAAUUAGAUUUAUUUUACGUGGUUAAAACCAAGAAGUGUAGAGCCAGCACAUGGUGCAAACAUGUGGUUUGUGUUUUACACCUGACUGUCCUGGGUUUAUUUUUUAUGGAAAUGGUAUAAGGAUUAGGGGGCUGAUAUUUGAUAUUUAAAAGGGUUCAAAUCUUACAGGAUUUUAUAACACAUAAAUAUUUAAAUAGUUUUCAGGUUUUGAAAACCUUUUUGUGAGCACAGGUUUUAAUCACUAAUGUUAGCAAUAACCUGCAAUCACUCACGUGGAUUCACCCUCCCAGUGCAGAGAAGCACCAGGAGCUUUAACUCAGUGGGUGUUUGUUGUGAACCUUGCUGUACUGUGGAGACACUAGACUGCUGCAGGUUCACUAGAGGGACAGCAUAGCACUCAGUCCAUAACUCCUAGCGCAAACUAAAAACACUUUUGGGAGUAAAAACCAAUUUCUUUCCCCUGUAGCUGGCAAUAUUACUGUGUAGAAGUGGCUUGCACAUGUCUAGGUUCUUUUUGUUUUUUUUAAUGACCUGUUACAAUUGAUUUCUCAAGUGUUGGUUCUGACGUGUUUUGUAGCCUUCUGUUUUUCUUCUGAUUGUUUGAUCUUUGCUCAAACAACACCUGUAGAGUUUUUUUUGAGCCACGCUGCUGCAGCUCGUUUGGAUUUCCAAGCUCUAUUUGUGCACGUCAGCAGGGUGCUGGGUAAUGACUUUGCAAAGCUUCAUUCGUAGAAUUACUAACGCUUCCCAGGCAUUCCAGCAGUGCAGUGCAGUAUUAUGGACUGUUAUGUUUACAUCACUUCAUCUGUUUACACAUUCGCCUGUCAAAGCUGAAUCUAUUAGCAGACAUCGUUCCUGUUCUUACGCUGGUGUUCAGACUGGCUGGAAUUGACCCCUUGGAUACAACUGCAUUAAUAGUUAUCAAAAAUACAAGCAACUGCUUGCUUCUAAACUCUGUUGUUGUUGUUGUUGUUGUUGGUUGUUUGUGCGAUUCAUGUCUAGAAUCCAAAAGAAUUGGGUUAAAGGUAGAAAAGCAACUGCAGUGAUAGUGGUAUCCAGGGUUAAUAAAAGAACAAGGUGGUGCUCAUCGCUAUGGUAGUAUGUACUUUGUCUUUGUGGAAGAUGGUGUGGUCGGUACCUGAGAAUAGUUCAGAUAAGGAGAGAUUGUACAGUGUUUCAUGUGCUGAGUGGUACCAUCCAUGCCAAAAUCUAGGCGCAUUUAAUGAGACUGACUUUUGCGUAAGACAAGAACAAUGUGAACCUAGUGACUCUACUCUGAAUAGGCAGGUUAGAUGCAGAGGGUGAGGGAGAGAGGUGACGCAUUAAUCACAAGGAGGGAGCAGCAAGAACAGUUUACAGAGCAGUGAAGUCCUGGGCUGGUCAGCCUGUCGUCAGGGUUUUUGUGUAUUUAUUUAUAGAUAGAUUUUUUUUUUAGGAGUAAGAAGCACAUCUUUAAUAGCUUUGCUAUUCGUGGGACGUGUGCUGAUCCAUGAGGGUUGUUUAAACCCCACUGGUUUAAGGGUUUUGUUUUUAGUUUUUUUUUUUUUUUUUUUAUUCUGAAAUGAUUUCUUUGCAUUCGAAAAUGCUAGAGUGUAAACUUGCUAUGGAGAACAUCUGGAAACCUGACUUGUGCAGUUUUAAAAUAAGUGUGCGUGUGCAAAAUCAAAUCUUAUCCUAGAUUUAAGUGAGUUUUAAAACCAGUAAUUUGUGUUGGAAGACAUCCGCAUUCUACAGCUUGGCAAAGCCCCCUUGUUGAUGUGACAGUGGGGUAGAUUGCCAGUUCAGCUUUGGCCAAGCUAAUGUGGAUCACGUGGGAAUCCUGUGCAGUUAAACAGGCCUCCGACAGCUCUGCUCUCUGUCUGCUCUGCCAGAAGAUUAGUGUCGAGACACAGGGAUCAUUCUCUCAGUUUCAAUUGCAAUCUUGAAGCAGCUUACGGUCCCACUGCUGCAAUGAGGAUGGGUGAGUGGCUCAGAGCACACUGCAUUGCCCGCUCUCUGCUAUCCAGGAUAGGGUCGUGAACUUGGGCCACUGGUCCAUGUAUAGUAAGACCUAAUGCUUUACCAAGAACUGGCCUGACACAGGCCCCUUUUAGACACUCCUCCAGGAACUCCUAAUCUGAGCCAGACUGAGUUUACAUUUUAUUUAUUGGGCUUCAUCAAGUGUCAUAAAAGAGCUUGUUUAACUUUGGAAAGAACUGGCUAAAGCACUGGCAUAAACCAGACCUGCUGGAUUCAUCUUCCUAAGAUCCAGUGUCUCGUGCGAUCUUUAAUAGCAGUCGUUUUUAAUAGAACACACGUUGCUAAGAAGACUAAACCCUUUUCCCCAAGAAUAAGAACGUCCAUGUGUCUCCGUCAUUGAGCCAUGAUGUGAAGUGACACUACAAGCCCUGUCUGUGCUUUGGAAUUGGCAGGUGCGAAUGAUGAUGAUGCUGCACUAUGACCUCUGUUGUAGAGUGAUGUGCUGUUUUUGGGGGUUUUGCUUUUUGUAUGUAUUGGUUUUGU